CAUCCUGCCAUUCUCCAUAUACUCCGAAACAAGUCAAGCAUGGAAGGGAAAGGUGAAAGCUCCAACAAGUCAUUUACUAGUGUAAUGGCACUUACCAAGAUGAGGGUACCUCGUGUGCCUCCGCGCUAUGUUCUUCCUCCAUCGCAACGUCCAAACCCUAUGCUUGACCUCACCACAACCCUUCCCAUUAUAGACCUUUCCACCUUGCAACACCCUGCUCAAAGGUCUCUUGCACUUGAUAAGAUACAAAGCGCCUGUAAGGAACUUGGGUUCUUUCAGGGGGUAAACCAUGGCAUCCCUCUUUCCAUCAUGAAUGAUGCCCUUUCUGCUGCAACAGAGUUUUUCAACUUGUCUCUUGAGGAGCAAAUGCCUCUCUCAUCAGAUAAUGUGCAUAACCCUGUAAGGUAUGGCACCAGUUUGAAUCAUGCAAGCGAUAAAGUUCACUACUGGAGAGACUUCAUCAAGCAUUACUCCCACCCUAUUUCUGAUUGGAUUCAUCUAUGGCCUUCAAAUCCUCCAAGUUACAAGGAUCAAAUGGGAAACUAUGCAAAGGCAGUACAAGUGCUACAAAAGCAACUGAUGGAAGCCAUCGUAGAAACUUUAGGGUUAAACUUUGGAAACUUGCAUAACGAAAUUGAAGGCAAUCAACUCAUGGCCAUUAAUUGCUAUCCACCUUGUCCUGAACCAGACCUCGCAUUAGGUAUGCCACCACACUCGGAUUAUGGAACAUUAACUAUCCUGCAUCAGAGUGGCCCAGGGCUACAGCUCCAGGACAACAAGAAGAACUGGCUCUCUGUUCCAUUUGUUGAAGGCGCUUUAAUAGUCCAAUUGGAAGAUCAGAUGGAAGUGAUGAGCAAUGGAAAGUACAAGAGUGUCGUUCAUCAAGUGACUCUUAAUGCAGAGAACAAGCGACUGUCCAUAGCCAGCCUUCAGAGUCUACCUUUAAACAAGAAAAUAGGACCCGCACCAGAGCUUGUGGAUGAGCAACAUCCUGCCUCCUAUGAUGAGUUUAGUUUUAGAGAUUUUCUUGAUUAUAUCUCAAGCAACAACAUUGCAGACAGAAGAUUCAUUGAUUCAAUUAAGAAGUCAGCAUGAAGGAAAUGCAACAGAGUUUAUGCUGCUUAUAUAUUAGGGUUUCUUAAAGUAAAAUGGAAUGAACGCCUUUAGCUCAAUCAAACAAGUUAUCUGGUCUUUCUGCAUAUGGUUAAGCGAAUAUGAUACUAUAAAAAGACAUUAGUAGCUG